GAUGGGACCCUCCCCUUCUCAGAAAACUGCCCGUGAGACAGUUUUACAAAACUUCAGAUGAAGACGAGGCUCUGAGAUGGCCUCGACUGUGGCGGACAGAGCCAUUGGGGCCAUAAUAGGGGCAGCGGUGGCAGAUGCAGCAGCCCAGCCCAUGCACUGGAUCUACAGUCAAGACAAGCUGGAAGAAAUUCUCUCUGAUCUGGAGCCCUGUCCUGAGUUUCGACCUCAGUCGGCGAAUCCUUUCUACCUCCGGAAGACGGGCGAGCAGACCUGCUAUGGAGACCAGGCAUACGUCCUGCUGGAGUCCCUGAGCGAGUGUGGAGAUGUGAACGUGGAAGACCUGACCAAGCGCAUCUACAAGUUCUUUGGCCCAGGAACAGUGUACGACCUGCCUCUCAAUGACCCUUACAGGAAGAAAGGAGGUCCAAAAGCCAUCCUCCCCAUCGAUGGCCCCUGGAGAAAUGGGAGCCUGAAAGCUUUCAUGAGGAAUGUGGACGCUGGCAAGGAAGAAACCGGCUGUGAUACAGACUGUCAGAUGGACGGCGUCACCAAGCUGGCUCCGGUGGUGGCCAUGUACGCUGGCCGACCUGAGAUGCUGGAGAAGGUGGAGAAAGCCAUACGGGUGACCCAGAACAACGACAUGUGUGUGGCGGAGACGCUGGCGGCAGCGCGGAUUUUGGAGCAUUUCAUUUUGAAUGGUCCAGAUCCCAAUGUUCUGAAUGUAGUGCUGGCUCAGAUGUCUGACCCAAAGAGACAGAACCCUCAGGAGCUGGACCGGGCCGUCAUUGCACAUAUCAACCAGGUGAAGGACAACCUAGCCAAGACGUCCCAACAGCUCAUACCUGCUGUGUUCACAAACACAUGAGCUUUGCCCGGUGCGUUCCAAGGAGCGCUGCAUGGAGUCCUGAAGCUGAACCAGCUGGAUGAAGCAGUCAGGGACACCAUGCGCCGCGGGGGAUGCACCGCCAGCCGAUCCUCCUUCAUAGGAGCCUGUUUUGGCGCACAGACCGGUCUCCAGGGAAUCCCAGAGUCUUGGAGGAAGAGGACGCUCAGAUAUCCCCUGCUGUUGGAGCUCGCCGAAAACGUGGUCCAAAAGAGUCAGCAAAUGUAGCUCGGCUUUGAUUUCGCCCCUGCAACGCGCCUGUUGUAAUUGCUUUUCAAAAGCUGUCUUAGAUUUUAGGAAGGCUCUCACGAGUUGCAGAUGCACUUUGACACGAUGAACCAUGACAGUUCCAUCCGAAAAAGUCUCGCACUGGAUGAAACUCGAAGCCGCUCGCUCCGUCAAAGCUGCAUCGUGCAAGAAAGUGAAAGUCUGCGCAGGUUUGAAUGCAGAUGCUUUGUAACAACAGUCUCAAAUAAAGAAAGAAAGAUUUUAAGCCAC